ACUCACGACUCUACACAACUACUAGCAGUCACAGUUUUUUGAUUUUAAUUACACUUUAUCACUUGAUUUUCAGUUGAUAAAGAUGGAUAGUUACUGGAAUUGGGAGGAAACUGAGAAGGACAUCAGCUCCAGCUUUAAUUUCUCCGAUUUCUGGGCUUCCUUUGACUUUUCCCCGCCGGAAUCCUUUAAUGGAACGCCGCACAUCAACAUCCCAAUUGCUGGGAUUGAAUUUGUCCUGAAUCACACGAACAUGCUCCAGGGUCUGAAUCAAAUGAAGCAACUAGACUUAAUAUCCUUUCCCUGGGACAUGGAUGUCCCAACGAUAAUUGGCAAUGAAAUAGAAAUUGAUGAGUCGCUGCUGAAACUGAAGAUUGGUCGUAGUAUGGGAAUCAUCAAUGCUACCAUUGAAAAUCCGGACAUAAUGCCAGACGUGGAGGCAUUGUGGAUUCGCCCAAGAGAUGUAAAAGUCCCAGAAAUUAGUAAGGGUCGAUUUUACAGGGGACUCCUUGGACCUAUAUUGGGGAGCUCUUGCUCGCCAUUCGCGGCGUCUCUUAACAGAAAGAUCUCCUUUUCGUCCAGAGUUGUCACAUUGAUGAGGGAGUUUUCAAAGGAGAUAGAUCCCACAGCCGAAGACCAGUAUGCCUAUCUGGAAAUGGACAUUUUGUUGAAAAAGUUAUUCGCACACAACUUCCUGAGACUUCUACAGGACAUUGCGGAUAUUCAGGCCACAGAUCGCCGACUGUUGAACAAGCCCAUCGUUCAGCUUGGGCUUUUCAAAAAUAUGACUGGAUGGCAACAAAAGGACUGGAUACCUAUCGAGAUAUGCAAGGAGCAAGGAUGGCAAAUAUAUCACAUUUUCCUUUCGGAAAAGAUGACCAACGAACUGAUCGAGCAGAUGCGGCUGGGUGGAAAAUGGCAGAUCGACUACACUUUUCCCAAUUACCGCACAGGAGUUCCUGGAUGUGGUUCAGACUUGUGCCGCUGGUAUUGGAAGAUAAUUUUGAGUUAGUUCGAAUUUGUCAGUUUUCCUUGAGUGGAGUUUCGCUUAGGCUGCAUUAUCCACACACCUAAUCAAAAUUUUAAUCGACUUCUGAGAUUGUGCAAACUGUGAAUAAAUUUUUGUCAUGACUUGAAAAGAUAUCUCCACUUGCAUUGCUACAGAUUAUCCAAAAUAUCAUCCCCCGUGGCUGUUGGCAACUGUAUGGAAUUUGGCGUUGCUACAACAACUUCAGCAUCGAUCCAACAAGCCACCCGGCAGCGUCCAGCAGAAAUAUUAAGCCUUGUUUUCCGAGAGCCAGUCGCCAGAGUGGAUAGCGCCAUGGAAUCCGACAAGUUGAACGAGCUUAACAGGCAAAUUAAUGAAAUCAAAAAGCGGAUUUUGCUGGCCGAGGGCCAGAAGACGGCCAAUGCGGCCGAGUGGCAGAAGCAGAAUCGCAUCAACUGCGACACCAUCGGCACUCUGAAGAAGGAGCUCAAGGAGCUGACGGUGAAGGCCAGUCGACUGCGAAAUCCCCCCCAGCGUCCCGUGGUCAUCAAGGAGUCGAGCAGCGAGCCGAGGCGAGCCCACAGCUGCACGCCCACAAUGAUUGUGGGCAAGGCCACGUAUCCCGUAGGGGCAAAAAAUGCCGACGAUGCCCUCUUUCUGACCGACCUAAAGAUCACCGAGAACCGCAAGCAGAUGGACCUCCUGCGGCAUCGGUUCAAGUCGCGCCAGCAGCACUUCAGCAGGCUGGUGGAGAAGUAUCGCGAGUUGCUGGCCAACAAGGAGGCCCAGAACCAGAACUUGGGCGAGAAGCCACCCGAAACACUGGAGGAGGACGCCAAUCGAAAGCUCGUCUGCCAGCUGGAGAACGAGAUACAUCGCACCAAUGUGCAGUGGAUGGAGGCGGAGCACAUCCGCAAGAAGUACCGCUCCAUAGAGGCGUCUCUGAUGAACGAUGCGGAGCGGUUUGAGCGCAGUCUGCGCGAGCUAGAGGCCUCGCUAAGCGACCAGAAGGCGGAGAUUGAGCGUCUUCAGCAGGUGCACAACGAGGCCAUUGAGAUGCGGGACGCGGCCAAGGUGGUGCUGACGCGGCAGGAACAGCAGGCCAAUCUCUCCCAGAAGACGCGCGAGCGCCAGGCCCUCGACUUCCGCAAGCAAGUGGAGGCGCGCAAGCUGGAGCUGGAGAGGAUCGGGCGGAAGCUGUUCGCCGAAACCAAGACCCUUGUGCACCAGGACAGCGUGGGCUCCACGUCCGGCGAUCCGCUGGCGGCCAAGGCCGAAAACGGGGAGGAGGAGCCCGCCUCGCAGCUGGCGAGUGUGACCAGCGACAUGGAGUCGCUGUUCAAGCAGCUAAUGGAGGCCUCGGGCGCCACAUCGCCCCUCGAGGUCUUCGAGCGGUUCAGCGCUCAGAAGGAGUCUGCCGCCCGCCUCAACUACCUGCGCAAGGCGGCCGAGGCCGAGAAGGCCAAUCUGGAGUCGGAGCGGGAGGCACUCACCGGCGAGCUGGAAGCCUUCAAGUUCUCGGACGUCAAGGAGAGCGAAGUGAACCAGGAGAUCAUCGAACAGAUCAAGAAUAGUAUUGCCGCCAAGGAACAAGAUCGCAAGCUGGACACCGAUGCAGCCGACAAGUCCAUGGGGGUGCUGAAGUACCUCAAGGAGCGCAUCUGUGAAAUGAUAUUCAAGGUGCAGGAAGUGGAUGAGAACAACAUCGAGCUGCCCGACCGCAGGCUUCACGUGACUGUUGCAGAACUCCCCAGCUUUCUGACCCACACUGCCCAAGACGAGGAACUAAUUGAGAUACUGCAGUUGAAAAUCAAACGCUGCCAGGAACUGAGCAAGUCGGAGGAUGUGCCGCCUUUCGAGAUACCCAAGCUGGACAUCGUUGAGCAGAAGGAAGAAGAGGAGCUGUACACGACCGAGCCACCAAAGUCCCCAUCAGCUCCGGAAGGCGAAAAGCCCCAGCCAAUGCCCCUGUGCUACUACAAUCUCUUCGCUGGACGCGCCCAACGAGCCGCAGGCACGUCCUCAUCCUCACCAGAGCAGGCACCCGCAGCGGUUGCCGCCACAGAUGACGACACCGAAGUGCCCUCGCGGAACUUCCUCAAGCGCCAGUCCGUGUUCAUCGUGGACUCAAAGUCCCGCCGGAAACCGUUCAGACCUACGCCAGGCGGUAGGCGCAAGUAAUUUAAGAAUAAUAUUUAGAUUAAGGGUACUAUGAUUAGAUGAGCAACUGCCGUUUGUAUAAAUAAAUUGUCAUAAUCUGCUGGUAUUCCAAAUACCAACAACCAAUCUCACAUGCGGAGAGUGGAAACAUUCGGAUAUGCCAUGAAGUGAGUGCCUGCCUAUUCAGGGAUAAAAUUUCAAACACAAGCUGCGGAGAGGGAAAGCUAGAUACAUC